GGCGGGGCUAUAAAAGAGACCAGUUAGAAUCGAUUGGCAAAUUAGUCGUUGAAAACACUCACAAUAUGAAGCUGCUCUCGAUUGCCUUUCUUUUGGGUCUGCUGGCUCUGGCCAGUGCCAAUCCCCUGAAUCCCGGCAAUGUCAUCAUCAACGGCGACUGCAAAGUUUGCAAUGUUCGCGGCGAUUAAAAGCUUAUUUGCUCAAUUGCGGAAAAAUAUGAAAUAAAAUAAAGUCAGUGAAACUCUUAAAUGUA